AUGGAUGAUGGCUCUUAUUUUACCCUGCUCUGCUGCACUCAUAACCCAGAUAACAGUGAAAUCCCCAAUACCAAGUCAAUAGUAUCAAGUUUCAAAGAAUGUGCCACAACAUGCAGCUCCACAAGUGGCUGCCAGAGUUAUGUCUACUCCGCACGCGCUAAUCGCGUGGAUGCCCGAGGAACCUGCAAGCUUUACAACACUGGCGGACACCAAACAUUCAAGUGUGGAGAUGAUACUCAUGACUACGCAUACAUCACCGCUCCUCCAGCGAUCGAUUCCCCCGAUGUUGCAACUGUCGCAUGCGCCACAGAGUGUCCCUUUUCUGAUGGUCAGCAGUACAAGAGCAAAGGCGGCGAACUCUUCCAUAUGGACUGCGCAAAGCGCCACGGAACCACGGUUCUCUACGAGGACACUCAGGAAACCUUCAAGGACUGCAUGGAUGCCUGCUCCAAGUUUAUUCCAUGCCACAGUGUCGACUACCACACCAACAGCAAGACGUGCUACUACAGUAACCACCACGGCGAGCCUCAGCUUGACGCAUGGGGCUUCCAGAGUGCUCACUCUAUGGGUUGUUCUGGGGCAUGUGGUGAUGAAAAAAGUAGCUGUGGCUGUGUUUCCCAGGGAAGUGAUUUUCAAGGAACUUCUGUUUAG